UUUUUUUUAAUACUGGUUAUACUAUUUUGACACUGACGUUACCGAGUUCUAUAUUGUUUAUGACUCCUUCAAAUUCUUUUUAGGAAAUUGUGAUCAUGGCGCGAGUACCACCUCCUGCGUUGAACAAAGGCAAAAAAGACAAGAAGGAGAAGAAGGUUCCUAAAGACAAUUCCAAAAAUGUUAUGCGAAACCUUCAUAUCAGGAAACUAUGCCUGAACAUCUGUGUGGGAGAGUCCGGAGACAGGCUUACCCGUGCCGCUAAGGUGUUGGAGCAGUUAACUGGCCAGCAGCCCGUGUUCUCCAAGGCUCGCUACACUGUCCGAUCCUUCGGUAUCAGGCGUAAUGAAAAGAUUGCUGUCCACUGCACGGUCCGAGGUGCCAAGGCCGAGGAAAUCCUUGAAAGAGGUCUCAAAGUAAGAGAAUACGAGUUGCGUCGUGACAAUUUCUCCGCCACCGGCAACUUCGGUUUCGGUAUCCAGGAACACAUUGAUCUGGGUAUCAAGUAUGACCCCUCCAUCGGUAUCUACGGUCUUGACUUCUACGUUGUCCUAGGGCGACCUGGUUUCAACGUAGCGCACAGGAGACGCAAGACUGGUAAGGUUGGCUUCGCCCACCGCCUCACGAAAGAGGAUGCCAUGAAGUGGUUCCAGCAGAAAUAUGAUGGUAUCAUCCUUAACAGUAAGAAGUGAGCUAAGAGUAAAUGACUUGAAAAAUA